AUGUCGUGUUCCUGGUUAUGCAAGGUCGGACCAUCGAGGCCAGAGGAAACCUCAAUUUCCACGUUUUCUCGAGAAAGCAGAAACGGUGCCCUCGAGCUGUGGACACCGCGAUCUAGGCAUCUUGUUCUUUCACUUGGAUCGACCGGCGGUUGGACAUUCUCAGAAAUACACUCAUGUGGGCAGCAGGUGGGCGGAACUCGAGGACGCGGUCAAAGCCUGGCCCCGGUCCCCGGCAACGCAACCUUGAUCAUCGGCGAACCCAGUUGGGCUAUGAAUCGCGAUGACAAUAGUAGCGCCACGGCAAUUAGAAUAAAGGCAUCCGAAUACCAGUAA